GUGCGAUUGGAGGUGCCGCAUCGAGGGCGGCUGGAAGGAAGGGAUUGAAAGGAUUCCGCGAGCCGGACCCACCUGGAAGAGCCGCUGGAAGGCGUAGUAGCCGCAGGACAGCGCCACGAAUAUCCAGAAGACCCCGUUGAUCAGCAACAUGUCAUCCGCCUUGGCCAAAAUCGAGCACUUUCCCUCCGAUCCCGUGGAGUUCUUCAAGCAGAUCCUCCAGGCAGCCGCCAAGGAACAUCCUGAGGGAUUCCUGCAGGAAAUGAACCUGGCCACCGUGGACGAGGAGUUCGGAGUGCUCAAUCGCACGGUUCUUUACCGCGGCCUCACCCAGGACAACUCCGUGUUCUACAUAACCCACCGGUAUACCCGCAACUUCAAGAACCUUCAGGCCAAUCCCAAGGCCUGCAUCACCUUCUAUCUGCCGGAUGUCAGGGAUGAGGCCGGAAAUCAGAGCUCCUGGCAGGUGCGCCUGAUUGGAGCCACAGCCGUGGAGCUCCCCGAGAGCGAAAUGGCUGCCCUGUGGGCCAAGGAGAACUUGGCGGCCCAGAUCAGGGGUCACAUCUGUCCCUGUGGAGAGCCCAUCAACUACGAUGAGCUGAAGGCCAAGCACGAUCAGUUCCUCCAGGAUCACAAGGGCAAGCCCAUCGAGAGGCCCGCCAGCUAUACCGCUUGGAAGUUCGAGCCGCAGCGAUGGGACUUCCUGAAGGUCGGUGUCGACCAGAUCGCCGAUCGGGUGCAGUAUCGCCGCCAGCCCAGUGGACCUUGGGAGUCCAUGCACGUCUCCACCUGAAAAGGGGAACCCCGCCCCGUGCCACAGUACAGCCCAGCCUUAGGCGAUUUCAUUUUAUUCAACAAUAUCUUUCUACAAACAGCUAAACGUACAUACUAACAACUAAACUUGCUUUCUUUUGGACAUGUUUAACAUACAAUUACAACAUAGUUAAUAAAUAUUACACAAACAGCAAAAAAAA